UUUCCUCUCUUUAUAGGAAUAUAUCAAAGGAAUCUGUGAACCUGAACUAGAAGAAAGAGAAUAUUAUCCCAAGGCCAUGCACUGCAUUUUUGUUGGGGCACAGAGCCUGUUUCUGAAGAGCUUGAUUCAGGAUACUUGUGCUGACCUCUGUGUUCUUGAUAUUGGUCUUCUUGGCAUCAGAGGGAGUGCUGAGGCUGUAGUUAUGGCUAGGAGUCACAUUCAGCAGUUUGUAAAGCUCUUUGAGAAUAAUGAGAACCUACCCAGUAGUCAGAAAGAAUCAGAGGUGAAAAGGGAAUUUAAACAAUUUGUUGAAGCCCAUGCAGAUAAUUUUACAAUGGAUUUGUUGAUUUUGCCCACUUCCUUAAAAAAAGAACUUUUGACUCUCACACAAGGUGAGGAAAAUCUAUUUAAAACGGGAGAUGAUGAUGUUAUUGAAAUUAGAGAUGCUCAACAUACAGAGUUUACACAGAAUGCUGCCACAGGACUGAAUAUUUCUAGAGAUGAAAUUGUUUUGCAGGAAGAUGAAAGAAAUAAAGCUGGGACUCCUGUUUCUGAGCUUACAAAACAAAUGGACACUGUCUUUUCUAGUUCACCAGAUGUGCUUUUUGUUCCUGUAAAUGGCCUAAGCCCAGAUGAAGAGGCACUUUCCAAAGAGAGAAUUUGUCACAAAAGGAGAUUUUCUGAUUCUGAGGAAAGGCAUACCAAGAAGCAAUUUUCUUUAGAAAAUGUUCAAGAAGGAGAACUUUUACACGAUGAUAAGACAUCCUCUGGAAGUGUAAUCAUUGACCUAUCUGAUUCUUCUACUGAUUCUGAAAAUUUAAGUCCAGAUGUAAAAGACACUACUGAGGAAAUGGAAUACAAUAUCCUCGUAAACUUUUUUAAAACCAUGGGCUAUUCUCAAGAAAUUGUUGAAAAGGUCAUUAGGGAGUUUGGGCCUUCUACCGAACCAUUAUUGCUCUUGGAGGAAAUUGAAAAAGAAAAUAAAAGGUUUCAAGAAAACAGAGAAUUUUCACCUAGUACUACAGACACCAACAAAACCAAAAGUAAAGGUGUUUGUAGCAGUAUUAAUGAGCUCACAACAGAUUCCACUCCAAAGAAAACACAGAGUCACACUCAGCAAAAUACGGUAGAAAAAUUUUCUCAGUUACCAUUCAAAGUAGAAGGUAAGCCUUGUACCUCAAAUUGCAAAAUUAAUACCUUCAGAACAGUGCCAAUAGAACAAAAACGUGAAAUCUGGGGUUCAAACCAGAACUAUGUUUGUAACAUAGACCUUGAAACUGAUGGCCGUUUACCCUCUGCACCUUCAAGUCCCAAAGAUGUCAGUUUUGUUUCAAGGGGAGCUUCAAGUCACCAGCCCAGAAUUCCAGUUUUUCCUGAAAAUGGUUUUCAACAGCAGGCAGAACCCUUGCUUUCAAAUAAUAUGAAAUCUGCCUGUGAAAAACGUCCAGGACAUUGUAGCUCUCCUCAGUCUAAGCCAAAUUGUCCACCCCUUUCUCCACCAAUGCCGCUGCCACAGCUAUUACCUUCAGUUACUGAUGCAAGAUUGACAGGACCUUCUGAUCAUAUUGAUUCCUCAGUUACAGGGGUUCAAAGGUUUCGAGAUACUCUGAAAGUACCCUACAAGCUGGAAUUAAAAAACGAACCAGGGAGAAUGGACCUGAAGCAUAUUGUUAUAGAUGGAAGCAAUGUUGCAAUUACCCAUGGUCUAAAAAAGUUUUUCUCUUGUCGUGGAAUUGCAAUUGCUGUUGAAUAUUUUUGGAAGCUUGGCAACCGAAACAUUACUGUGUUUGUUCCUCAGUGGAGAACAAGGCGUGAUCCUAAUGUCACAGAGCAGCACUUCUUAACCCAGCUCCAGGAGCUUGGAAUAUUAUCUUUAACUCCUGCCCGGAUGGUGUUUGGAGAAAGAAUUGCUUCUCAUGAUGACAGGUUUCUGCUACACUUAGCGGACAAAACUGGUGGCAUAAUUGUAACAAAUGAUAACUUCAGAGAAUUUGUGACUGAGUCAGUCUCUUGGCGAGAAAUUAUUACAAAAAGAUUGCUUCAGUAUACAUUCGUGGGGGACAUAUUUAUGGUUCCUGAUGAUCCUCUUGGAAGAAGUGGACCUCGAUUAGAAGAAUUUCUUCGGAAAGAGGUCUUUCUUAGAGAUAUGCAACCCCUGCUCAACGCCCUGCCGAACGUGGGCAUGUUUGACCCCAGCUUCAGGAUUCCUGGCACCCAGGCAGCCAGCACCAGCCACCAGCCUCCAGGCCGGAUUCAGGGAGCCUCUCCAAGCCACUGGCUUCCUCAGCAGUCCCACUUUCCGCUCCUGCCAAACCUGCCCAGUGUCCCACAGAACCUGCCCAUGCCAGCACAGAGGUCUUCUGCAGAAACCAGCGAGCUACGGGAAGCCCUGCUGAAGAUCUUUCCUGAUUCUGAGCAAAGACUGAAAAUUGACCAGAUCUUGGUAGCCCAUCCAUACAUGAAAGAUCUAAAUGCGCUCUCUGCCAUGGUGUUAGAUUGAAGACUGUGCUGAGAAGUUUGAGCUCAUGGCCAAGGGAUCAAACUUGAGCUAAUGGCUAUACGUGAUGGGAAGUACCAUAAUGUGAAAAAACCUGUUUCCCAGUGUAAACAUUGUUGUAGUAUAUAGAGAAAGAGAAAAAAAGAAAAGGAAAAAAAAAAAAAGAUGUUUUGUGUAUAAAAAAACCUCGGUUUUCAAAACCAGCUUUUUUCUAUAUAUAAAUUAUGCUGCUAUUACAGAUUUAACAUUUUCUGUAAAAGGAAAGUCUACAUUUUCUGCCUGUUCAGAACUGUUUAAUAGCAGUUACUCUUGAGUGUAUUUACAUUUUUAUGUUUUUUAAACUAUUUUCCUUAAAGCUGAAGAUAUUGACAAAUGGAUAUGAUUAGCAUUUCUAAAUAAAAAAGAGUUGCUUUCUUAAGGAAAGCAAGACCUCUUAAAGUA